GCUCGACGCCUGCUGAGGGGCGAGGCUGGGCCAGGGGGCGUGGGCUUUUCUCCCCCUCUUGGCCCCGGGACAUAACCUAAUUUAAAAAGCCCCGAUUAUUUAAAUCUUGUGUGGGCAGUUUGCAGGCUGUGUGUGUCCCUGCAGGGAUGGGAUACCUGAAGCUGCUGGUGAUGAAGGACUUCAAGUCCUGGCGGGGGGAGCAGGUCAUCGGCCCCUUCAUGAGGUUCAACUGCAUCAUUGGGCCCAACGGAGCAGGUAGAAAAUCUAACAUAAUGGAUGCUGUUAGUUUUGUGAUGUGUGAAAAGAUAUCUAACUUGCGAGUUAAAAGUGUUCGAGAACUUAUUCAUGGAGCACAUGUUGGAAAACCAGUUUCUUCUACAGCAAGCGUAAAGAUAGUAUAUUGUGAAGAAGAUGGGGAAGAAAAAACAUUUUCAAGAGUUAUCCGUGAUAGUUGUUCUGAAUUUAUUUUCAAUGAUAAAACAGUCACCCGAUCUACUUACAUAUCUGAGCUUGAAAAAAUAGGCAUACUUGUCAAAGCUAGGAAUUGUCUUAUUUUUCAGGGAACAGUAGAAUUGAUUGCAAUGAAGAAGCCAAAGGAAAGAACUCAACUUUUUGAACAAAUCAGUAAUUCAUGGCAAUAUGCUGAGGAAUAUGAAAGAAAAAAGAAAAAAAUGGAGCAAGCAGAAGAGGAUGCACACUUUAAUUAUAACAAGAAAAAAAGUGUUGCAGCAGAACGCAAACAAGCAAAGAUGGAAAAAGAGGAGGCAGAUCAUUACCAGAUGCUCAUCAAGGAAAUACAUGAAAACAGGAUACAGCUACAGCUUUUCCAGCUUUAUCACAAUGAAAAAAACAUCGACUUUCUGAAAAAAAGUUUGGAUGAAAAGAAUAUGGAGGCUAGUAUCAAGAAAGAUUCCCUUGCUACAGGAGAAGACGAAUUUAGAGCCAAGAAAAAAGUGCUUGGUGUACUAAAUAGAGAUCAACAACACAUGGAAGGAGAAAUUAAGACUCUUCAAGUGUCACUGGUUCAGCAUAGAGCCCUCUAUAUAAAAGCAAAAGAAAACACUUCCUACCAAAUCAAGAAAGUAGAAAUGUCUAAAAAAUCUCUGAGGGACAAGGAGAAAUACUGUGAUAAGGAAAAGCAGAAUAUGAAAGACCUGGAGAUAGAACUGUAUGAAACUGAGAAGGCAUGGAGAGAAUUUGAGAAGAAAACUAAAGAGGAGAUACUGCAGAGAGCAGCAGAUAUUGAGCUGAGAGAAAGUCAGUUGGAGCACUAUAAAGAGCUAAAGGAAAUAGCAAGAAGGAAAGUGGCUACACUAACCCAGCAGCUAGAAAAACUUCGGUGGGAGCAAAAAGCGGAUCAAGAAAGGAUGAAACUUAAUAGGAGAAAGAAAAAAGAAGUUGAGGAAAACAUUAAACAGACUGUGGAACGGAUAGGAGAGCAUAAAAGACGAAUAGAGAAGUUGGAAGAGUAUACCAAGAUAUGCACUGAGUCAUUGGCAGAGAAAAAACACCAGAAAGAAAUGCUUACUAAGGAAAUAGAAAAUUCAACAAUACGAAUGGCUGAAGUGAAUGAAGAAUUGAACAAAAUAGUUGGUGAACUGCAAAAUGCCAAGAUUGAUUACCACGAAGGAAAGCGUCAGCAAAUGAGAGCAGAGAUCCUGGAAAGUCUCAGAAGACUGUAUCCAGAUUCUGUGUUUGGAAGACUGCUUGACUUGUGCCACCCUAUUCAUAAAAAAUACCAGCUUGCUGUUACCAAAGUGUUCAGCAAAUACAUGACUGCUAUUGUUGUUGCCACGGAAAAAACAGCAAGAGAUUGCAUUCGGUUCCUAAAACAAGAACGAGCUGAACCCGAAACUUUUCUUGCUUUGGAUUACCUUGAUGUUAAGCCAAUUAAUGAGAAGUUAAGAGAGAUAAAAGGAGCUAAAAUGCUGGUGGAUGUUGUACAAACUCCCUUUGCUCCACUGAAAAAAGUAAUUCAGUUUGUGAGUGGGAAUGGCUUGGUCUGUGAAACAGUUAAAGAAGCAAGACAAAUAGCAUUUGAUGGACCAGUGAGGUUGAAAACAGUGGCACUUGAUGGAACUUUAUUUUUGAAAUCUGGAGUGAUUUCUGGAGGAUCAAGUGAUUUAAGAUUUAAAGCCAGAUGUUGGGAUGAUAAAGAAAUAAAUAAAAUGAAAGAAAGAAGAGAUAGCUUGAUUAAUGAACUAAAGGACUUAAUGAAGAUCAAACGUAAGGAGACUGAUUUGAAGCAGUUGCAUGCUCAGUCUCAUGGAACUCAGACACGGCUUAAAUAUUCACAGACUGAAUUAGACCUUAUUAAAAAGAAACAUCUUGCUAAUCUCUACAUGGAGAAAUCAAAGCUGGAAAGUGAACUAGUAAAUACUGAGUCUCAGCAUGAUAUGAUAAAUGAAGGAGUGCUACAGAGAGAAUUAAAAAUAGAAGAAUUUCAGAAGAAAAUCAAUGAGGCUGAAGAUGCUGUUUUCAGGGAAUUCUGUGAAGAAAUUGGCAUAGAAAAUAUACGUGUGUAUGAACAAGAACACGUGAGACAGCAAGAGGAGAUCGAUAGAAGAAGACUGGAGUUUGAAAGUCAGAAGACACGACUAAAUGUUCAGCUGGAAUAUAAUCGUGAUCAUCUACAGAAAUUAAUAGACACAGUCAGCAAGUUGAGGGAAACAAUUCAAAAAGAUGAAUUGGAGAUUACUGGGCUACUUAAGGAUGGGGAAAAGCAUCUAAAAAGGGUGAACGAAAUUGUGGAGGAGGAGCAAUGUCUUAAGGAUACAUUAAGUGCUCAUAAAUCUGAGAUUAUGAAAACCCAAAGUGAAGUUGAAGAGUUCAGAAAGAAGUUGUUAACUCUUAAUAGGGAAGCUGCAAAAUUACAAAAGGAAGCUGCAGCUAUAGAAACCUCAUUGGAAGAUAAAAGAUUAAGGAGACAUAAUAUGCUUCUUGAGUGCAAGGUGCAGGACUUGAAAAUAAAUCUCCUAUUUGGAUCACUGGAUGAUAUCAGUGAAGUAGAGCUAGGAACUGAAACAGAAGGCACUCAGACUACAACUAUCUAUGACAGGGAAGAGGCAAUUAAGAUAGACUACAGUGGCCUAGCAAAUGACCUGAAGGACCUGGAGUCUGAUGAAGAGAUAGAGGCUCAUCUGAACCAGAUGCAGCAGGAAAUAAAAUCUAAAGAGAGUACUUUAAUGAAGACAGCUGCUCCAAACCUGAGAGCAUUGGAGAAAUUACAGAUAGCUCGGGACAAGUUCCAAGAAUCAAUGGAUGCUUUUGAGACCAGCAGAAAGGAGGCCAGAAUAUCCAAGCAAGAAUUUGAACAGGUGAAAAAAAGGAGAUACGAGCUUUUUAGCCAGUGCUUUGAGCAUGCCUCCAUAGCUAUUGAUCAGAUCUACAAAAAACUUUGCAGAAACAGUAGUGCUCAGGCAUUCCUUAGUCCUGAAAAUCCUGAGGAGCCUUAUCUGGAAGGCAUUGGCUUUAACUGCGUGGCUCCAGGAAAGCGCUUUAUGCCAAUGGACAGUUUGUCAGGAGGAGAAAAAACUGUGGCAGCUCUGGCUCUUAUAUUUGCUAUACACAGUUUUCGGCCAGCACCUUUUUUUAUUUUAGAUGAGAUAGAUGCUGCCCUGGAUAACACAAACAUUGAUAAAGUAUCAAGUUUCAUUAGGGAGCAGGCACGUGAACAGUUUCAAAUGAUAGUUAUUUCUCUGAAGGAAGAGUUUUAUUCCAAAGCAGAUGCAUUGAUUGGAGUGUGUCCAGAGCAUGAUAACGGUAUGUUCAGUCAGGUACUGACUUUGGAUCUUACCGAGUAUCCAGAUGACCAAGAAGAAAUGGAGAAAUACAUACAAAGUUCUUUAUAAAAAUAAAACAUGGAUAACUUCAGGGCCAGGCGACAAGGAGAAGCAUGUUUACAGCUGACUGUUAAAAUCUGAAAGUGGGUAUUAGAGGUCAAUAGAUAAACGUUUAUAUUUAAAAAAAAAAAGUAUUCUAAAAUUUGGAGGGAGUUACUCAUUGAUACAGUUUGUUAACAAGAGAGAGACAGUUUUUUUAUUAAGUGUGUAUUAUUCUGGUAAGCAAAGUCUUUUCCUCAAAGGUAUUUUUUAUGUUUUUUCUGUCUUAAGAUGAAGGAUUAUGGGUUCACAUAACCACACUGCAUUACAGAGAAGUAAGACUUUUUUUUUUAUAAGAAAUGUGUUUAGAUUUAUUUCCAGUGCAUGUUAACACUGGUCUUGUCAGGACCUUUACAGGUCUUUGUGUUGCAGGUGCAUAUUUGCUUUGAGAUAGGAUUAUUUCCAGUAUCUUGAUACUUUAAAAAACAGGAAUAUAGCCAUUGUCUUGUAUGACUUGUGUGAUGCCUUUGAUACUUCAGCUGUCCACUGAUACCUUACGAAAACAGUGAGCUUUACAAAAGCUUACCUUACAUCUCUAGGGAUUUAAUGUGACCCGGAAAAAAAUUCCAAUGUAUUGUACCCUAUACACAACAGGGAAGAAUAAAACAGGUGUGAGGCAGCAGCCAUACAGGUAGCAGCCUUAGAAAAAAGUAUCUGCUAUUAUUUUGCAAUUGAGUUGACAGCUACCUGUUAUAUAGCUGUCCCACUCCCAUCAAUCUUGCUGGCUGUGCUUCAUCUAAGAAACACCAAUAAUAAAGUUGGUUACAGAACACUAUUUGAGAGCUAGAAUCAAUUAAUCUGGCCUGUGUUUUACCUUGGUGCAUACGGAAGACCUUUAUUUGGCUUAUGCUGCUCCUAAUUACAUCUUGUGUUCAUAUAUUAACUUCCUGUAGUCCACCAUGCUUAUUACACACUUACACCUUGUAAUGUCUUGCUUCUACAGUGCUUGUUGCACACAGUUGAACACUGGAAAGUUGAGGUUACUGCAUAAGGAAGGAAUGACCUAUGUGAACGUUAGAUAGUGUGUUCCUAUGGAAAGCAUUUCAGUCACCUAAGUGAACACAUUUAACUGUAGAGAAAUGUUUAUCGAAUAGUUAAUGUUGCUGCUACACUCCAUUAAAUGAUUUACUCUGAACAUAAUCCAUAAAUUUGUAAUCCUUAUUUAAAUGUCUAAUAACAAGCAUGACAGUGCUUUUAUUGGUGUGAAGGAUGAAUAGAAGAGCAACUGCUGAUGUUUUUCAAAGAUCUUUGAUCCACAUCCAUCCGUAUAUUGCAAAUACAUAAGCUUGGGGUUUUAACCAUUUAUGCAGAACACAUGGUUGAAAUAAAAAAAUACAGUAAAGAACUAAACAACGUGUAAAGAAAGGUAAAAACUACAUAUAUUAGCUACUAUACAAGACUGGCCUGGUUGAUUUUAAAUAUUAAAGCAUGUAUUAAAUGUCCUAUCAACUUUAUUAUACAACAUAAACAAAACAGGAUAAUAAAUGGUCAACAAGACUGUUUCAGUCAGUAAAUAUCUUAGACCCAUUUUAAAAAAGUACAAAAAGAACCAUCUAGAGUAGACUCAGCAAACAUUUAACAUGUCCAGUUGUAGGGUUAGUUUCUUCACUGUACUCAGGUAGUGAUUUCAAUGAGGCUUUAAACAAGUUACUCUUUCACGUAACUCAUAAAUCAAAUGCAACAGACCGCACGUUCUGUCCUUUUUGACUGUUUUAAAUCCUGAGGUAGCUUUAAGGCAACCCUGUCCAUACAGUGGCUAAAAUGUAAAUGGAUGACAGUAGUUACAUGAUAGGGGUAUAACCCACAAAAUAACCCAUUAAUUACUUAUCUGCUUUUCCAGAUUCAAAUGCAAAGCACUUGAGUAAGGAAAGGCUGUUGUACAAGUCACCAGUGUCUACAAAACCGAAGAAUCACUAACGUUUAGUUGCAAGUUGAUCCUCACAAGAGGGAGGGAAUGUGGUUUUUUAAUGUGGAUCUGCUUUGAGGCACAGGAUAAAGUGCUACGUGACUUUAGGGUACAGCUUAAACUGACCUCUUAAGGACUAUUUAUCUGUAAAUUAUGCUGCGGUUUGAAGCAUCAGUUUAAGUGUUCUAAUCUGAUACAUCAUAGUCCAAACCAGCAUACCUAACCACUGAAACUACCCAGUCAUGCUGACUGGAGAGGCAAGUUCCAUAGGUUAGUCUUACCAGUAAUGGUACACGAUGCUAAAAGACAAUUUUCAAAAGUGAUGUGUGCAGAAAUGCAAUGUCUCAAAGGGAAGAGAUGCAUUUGGCCACCUUUCAGGCUGGUUUUACUUUAACUUUGAAAACAUGGUUGGGUUCUUUGGGUUUUAGUGGAUGAUAGAAUUCCUAAGUAUGGUUUCUAAAUAUGGAGUAUUUUCAUCUGAGAUUGGAGGAUGAAUGCACAUGUAUUGUUUAGAUUGCUUUUCUAUGCAAAGUGGCUUCAGAAAUUUCAUUUGCCUACUUCAGAACAGGGACAAGGACAUCCCCCACCAAAAGAACUCUAACCAUCUCAGCAGUGAUUAGUCUAAAAAGAAGCAUGUGUCUUAGUUUCAAGCUUUUCAUUUUGUGAACAUGCAGAAGUUGUUUUCCAUAUAAUCAUUUAGGUUGGAAAAGACCUUUAAGAUCAUCAAGGCCAACCAUUAACGUAGCAAUGCCAAGUCUACCACUAACCCAUAGUCCUAAGCACCACAUCUACACAUCUUUUAAAUACCUCCAGUGAUGGUGACUCAACCACUUCCUUGGGCAGCCUUUUCCAAUGCUUCACAAUGCUUCCAGUGAAGAAGUUUUUCCUAAUACCAACCCUAGGCCUCCACUGGCACAACUUGAGGCCUAUUGCUUCUCAGUCAGAGAAGAGGCCAAUCACCGUCUCUCUACAGCCUCCUUUCAGGUAGCAGUAGAGAGCAAUAAGGUCUCCCCUGAGCCUUCUCUUCUCCAAACUAAACCACCCCAGUUCCCUCAGCCGCUCCUCAUAGAACUUGUGUUCCCAGCCCUUCACCAGCUUCAUAGCCCUUCUCUGGGCAUGCUCCAGGACCUUGAUGUCCUUCUUGUAGUGAGGGGCCCAAAACUGAACACAGUAUUUGAGGUGCAGCUUCAUGAGAGCAGAGUACAAGGGGAUGAUCACCUCCCUGGUCCUGCUGGCUACACUAUUCCUGGUAGAAGCCAGAAUGCCGUUGGCCUUGACCACCUGAGCACGCUGCUAGCUCAUGUUCAGCCAGCUAUCGACCAAUACCCCCAGGUCCCUUUCUGCCAGGCAGCUUUCCAGCCAACCACUCUUCCCCCAGCCUGUAGCACUGCAUGAGGUUGUGCCCCAGGUGCAGGACCCAGCACUUAGCCUUGUUGAACCUCAUGCAGUUGGCCUUGGCCCAUCGGUCCAGCCUAUCCAGAUCUCUCUGCAAAGCCCUCCUACCCUCAAGCAGAUCAACACUACAAGCUUACUGACAGUGCACUCAAUCCCCUUGUCCAGAUCAUUGAUAAAGAUACUGAAGAGAACUGACCCCAUUACUGAGCGCUGGGGGACACCGCUGGUGACUGGGCUCCAGCUGGAUUUAACUCCAUUUACCACAAACUCUGUGGACCCAGCCCUAUCACUUUCACUUCCCCAUACAACCUCAUUUGCGCUAUGUGCUCUCACAAGGCAUUACAGAUCAGCUCCACAAGGAACCUCAGAGAAACCUGCCUGAAGCAACCUCCAGGACCCCCAAAUACAAGUGGGCUCGUAUCAGCACAAGAAUGACCCUGAAUAUGCUCUCCUGCAGACACUGAGGUGAGAGGCAGCUGACUAGAAAAUUCCAGAAGAUCAGCAGUGUUAACAACUGAAGCAGUGAUUCUGUCAGUCUAGUGCUGGAACAAUUCAGUGCAAGGUGAAGUGACAGUACCUCAGGAAAGAAGUGAAUGUACUGCCUAACUUUAGUCAUUUGAGUAGUUCAACUGACAAAGUUACACAUUAGAAAAUGUCAGAUACAUAAUUAGAUACUACCCUGUUUUAUUUCCACUACAUUAAGACUGUCCAUUGUCUGCUGAGAUAACUGGCAGCAUACUCUGUUUAAACAACCACUAGAAUAUUUCCAUGGAAAUAUACUGCAAAAGGGUCAGUAAGCCCCCACAUAUGCCGCUGUAUUUUUCAUGCUUUAUUUUCCCCCCCUGUAAACUCAUGCCUUAGUAGGCUGACAAAUGAAAAUGAAUGCUUGUGCUAAAAGCGUAAAAUAGGGAAGUUAUUGUGAUGUAGGUUCCAUAAAUGCAAAAUAUUUCCGGCUCAAAGCAGCUUAGAGGUCUGAAUCUUGCAAACAUGUACUGACAGACCCCCUGAAGAGAUCAACCUCCUGCAGCCUAAUUGCAGAUCAGUUGAU